GCGGGUGCUCGCGCCCUGUGUCUCACUCGCGCCUACCGGACAUUCCGCGCGAAUUCCAUACGCGCCGUGAUUCGAGCGGUGGAUCGCACGGACGACACAAUCGACGGCUCGUGUGUGUGUUUUUGUGUCCGCCCAGUUGAGUUAACGCACGGACGGACAACAGACAUACAGAAAGACAACACAAUUUUAAGAAGGUUGAGUGUCUAAUGAUAACAAAGGAGCAAUUUGAAAACAAUAAAUGUGUUAAGUUUGGUAGAAAAAAUAAUGCAAACCUAUUUCAAAUGGUAAAAUCAUUAAAAAGAACUAUAACUCUCCUUCGAAAAGGCAAGAGAUGCCGAACUGAUUCUCCCAGUGUGUAAUAAUAAUAAUUAUGUCACAGUGUAUAAAUAUAGUUACGAUGCAUACUAUAGUUGUAAAAGAUAGCCAACGAGAUAGUGGACCAGAUAUAACAACACGCAUUAAAGUUAUAGUGAUUACAGCAGAGGACCAAUCAUUCAGACAAUCCAAGAAUGCCACCUGAUAUUCCAACAAUAAAACUCAACAAUGGAAUAUCAAUUCCAGCACUUGGUCUUGGAACAUACAAGUUAAAACACAUGACAGAAGAGAUAGUUGGGGCAGCGAUAGACGCUGGUUACCGACUGAUUGACACCAGUCCAGUAUACAACGACAACGAGGUAGCAGUGGGAAGAGCUGUGAGGGACAGAAUAAGAAAGAAGGUCAUCAAGAGAGAGGAUUUAAUCGUUGUUUCCAAGUUAUGGAACUCUCAUCACUCCGAGGGAGAAGUGUUAAAGGCUUGUGAGAAAUCUUUACGUUACUUGUCGAUCAACUACAUCGACCUGUAUCUCAUUAACUGGCCAUUUGGCGUAAAGACUAAAACAAAAGAUAAUUUCAAACAUCAAGAAUUCAAUGAGUUUGACACGACAACACUAGAAGAUGUCUGGAGGCAAAUGGAGACCUGUGUCAGCAGAGGCCUUGUCAGGAGUAUCGGAGUGUCCAACUUCAACAGCAAUCAACUCCAGAGGAUCCUGGAUAUUGCAAAUAUCAAGCCAGUAGUCAACCAGAUAGAGUGUUCAGUAAGGCUGCCGCAGACACAGCUGAUCCAGUUCUGCAAGGAGCGAGACGUUGCAGUGAUGGGCUACAGACCGCUGGGGGCUCCUGGUAGGGCUAUAGAACUCACACCUGAGGAGAGAAGGCAAGUCGUAUUGGAAAACCAUCGCUUGACUUCUAUUGGUGAAAGAUACAAUAAGACUGUGGCCCAAGUAUGCCUCCGGUACACCGUACAGCUUGGUGUAAUCCCUAUAGUAAAAACUGCAGAAGAAGAAAGGCUUCAAGAAAAUAUGAACGUUUUUAACUUCAAUUUAGAUAUACAAGACAUAGAAUACAUCCAAACUCUCCACAAUGACUUUCGUACUAUGACUUAUAACUCAGCCAGAAAGCACCCCGAGUACCCUUUUAAUACACAGUUUUAGGAAAAAAAAACUAUGAUAUGGAAUUCUCUAUAACGCGGCAGCUGCUAAGGUUGGACAUGUUCUAUGAACUCUGCCAUUUUUCCUAAAAAAUGAAUUAAAGAAUUUGUAUCAAAGUUUGUGUGAAAAAUGAAAUAAAGUGUAACAAAGUUGGAAAAUUUUUGACAGAGGCCUAUGGUGAGUCUGCUACAUGUAAAUCAAGGGUUUCCGAAUGGUGUAAGCAUUUCAAAGAUGGCCGUGGAGACAUUGAAGAUGACGACCACUCUGUACGCCCCAGCACAUUAACAACCAAUUAAAAUGUGAAAAAAAUAAAAAUGUGUAUGAACAAUUGCCACAUUACAAUCAGAGAAGUCACUAAUGAUGUUGGCAUGGCUUCU